AUGUGUAAACAAUUUGAGGAAGGGUUAAAAGAAGAUAUAAAGGUUCUUGUCGGGAUUCUUGAGCUGAAGGAAUUUGUUGUGCUUGUUGAUCGAGCUCAUAAAGCAGAGGAGCUUAACAAAGAAAAGAGGAAGGCUGAUUUUGAAUUUAGAGAGUUCAAAGACGCAAGCUACUCUGUAGUAAAUGUAGGCAGCGUUAAAGAUAAUAAGCCUGAUUGUCAACGGUAUGGACGACGACCUUUUGGUGAGUGCAAGGAUAAAGGCGGGGCACGUUUCAAAUGUGGUUCAUAUAAGCUUUUUAUUCAUGAUUGCUCAGAAUUAUCUGAGAAAGUAAAAGUUCAAAAUGUCCGACCCAGCAACACUGCCGUGAGGGGUAGACCACCUCGUAAUCUUAGAGAUGUGAGUAAUAGUCGUAGUGGAACAAAAGACUCUGCUGUGAGAUCCGAAGCACGAGCACCAGCUAGGCCUUAUGCUAUUCGUGCACGAGAGGAAGCUUCUACACCGGAUGUUAUUACUAGUACUUUUUCUAUCUUUGGCACUAAUGUUACUACUUUGAUUGAUCCGGGAUCAACCCAUUCAUAUGUAUGCAUGAACCUAGUGUCAAGUAAGAAUUUACCUGUUAAGUCUACUGAAUUCAUGGUUAAAGUGUCGAACCCCUUAGGUCAGUUUGUGUUAAUUGAUAAGUUUUGCAAGAACUGUCCUUUGAUGACUCGGGGUUACAAUUUUCUAGCUGAUUUGAUGCUAUUUCCUUUUGAUGAGUUUGAUAAUGGUGAGACGCUUCAGAUUGAAUCAGAUAGUUUAAGUGGGUUGCCUAUUGUUAUUUCGGCUAUGUCAGCACAGAGAUAUGUGAGAAAAGGUUGCGACACUUACCUUGCAUAUGUAAUGGGUUCAAAAGUGUCUAAGUUGAAAAUUGGAUCAGUGCAUGUGGUUUUUGAGUAUUCUGAUGUGUUUCCAAAGGAAUUACUCGGGUUACCAGCAAUCAAAGAGGUUGAGUUUGCUAUUAAAUUAGUACCGAGAACAUCACCGAUAUUAAUAGCACAUUACAAAAUGACUGCUACUGAGUUGAAAGAGUUGAAAGCACAGUUGCAAGAAUUGAUAGAUAGGGGUGUUGCUUGA